AUUAGAGAUGAUACCACUUGUUAGAUAGAUGAUAAUUAAAACACUCUUUUACUUACGUUCUUUCUCCGUCAUGGCUUGCUUCCAGUAGAAGAACGUCUUCUUCGGUUUGGCAGUCUGGAUGCAAGCAGGGCGUGUUGCUGCCACACGAAGAACAAUUUCUGGUGACGAGGUCACCUGACUUCUGUUAGAGAAAACCUUAAAAAUGCACAAGUAAUAAAGAACAGAGCUGCUGGAAUUCUGGGAGCUGACGGAGAAUGGCGGCAGAAUGUGGAAAGUGGAGGAAAUGCCAGGAGACUUCGGUCACGACUUUUACAAUGAUGGAGUUACGAAGUACUUUGUAACGUCCUUUGAGCUGUGUAUAAAGAGACAGGUGGUCGACCUGUUGGCAGAGGGUUACUCCUCGGAUCAGCUGGAUGCCCAGCCUGUCGUCACAGUGGAAGACUGGUACAGCGGCAGGACGGACUGUGGCUGCACCUAUCAGAUGACUGCAAGUCUUCUGGACGAGAAUCAUGAGGUCAUACAGGAGUUCAAACCUGAGCCGGUGACCCUGGACCCUGAAUGUGAUGACUGCUCAUGGAAAAAGGUCCACCAUUCGUUUUCAGACUAUGGUCCAGGACUUCGUUUUGUCUGCUUUGAGCAUGGAGGGCAGGAUACCAGGUUCUGGGAUGGCUGGUAUGGAGUCCGAGUCACUGGGAGCUCUGUGUCUAUCGAAGUGUAACAAGUAGGGAAAACAAGAGGAGGAGAAAGGAAUCGAGGAUAGUAAAAAUAAGAAUAAUAAAGUAAAAAUGGAAA